UUGAAAUUUUUAAAAGUUUGUCAAGUAAUUUCUGCUCAGCAAGUGGUUAUGGGAUUUCGUUUACUAACGCAAUGUAUUUUGCGCACUUUUCCCCCUUAGAUUACCAAUGAAAGCAGCACUAUUGGUGUCUUUUGGUUGGUCCGCAAAACUAUGAUGUUCGGCUUGAACUGAUUGCAUGUGGCCGUGCAAUUAAUGAACAAAUAAGUACCAGGUAAGUUAAUUCGGCAACGGCACCUAUAACUCUUGACCCAGUUUUGCAAAACCUAUGCCAUUACAUAUAUUCUGCCAGGUUUUUUAAAAUAUUACGGGCCUAUCUUUUCAUUUCUUGAUUGGUAAAGUGCUUUUUAUCCGGAGUGUAAACAAAAAAUCACAAUUUAUGUGGCGGGAGGAGGUCAACGGCGCCAUUCGUUCACAUAGCGGUACUCCGAUGAUCUGAAGCGUCAAUGAUCAAGCAGUGUGAAUUUGCGGGUUAAAUAGAGAAUGUUACUUUUACUUGUUUUCAUCGUAUCUAUAGUUGUCGUGUACGUGUAUUUUAAAUGGAAUUUUACGUAUUGGAAACGAAGAAAGGUGCCAUUCAUAAAUCCAUCGAUACCGUUUGGUACUGCCGAAAACCCAUUCGCUAGAAAGGAAUACAUAGGACACCGCAUUCAAAAAUAUUACACCAACUUUAAAGCUAAAGGAUGGAAUCAUGUAGGUCUGUACUUCUUUUCUUCACCCAGUUAUUUACCUAUACAUCCCGAUUACAUAAGAAACAUAAUGAGCAAGCAUUUUCGGUACUUCACCGAUCGUGGGACAUAUGCGAACGAAAAGGGCGACCCGCUUAGCGCACAUCUUUUUAAUUUGGAAGGUGAAAAAUGGGGAAAGUUACGUAAAAAACUAACGCCGACUUUCACGUCGGGAAAAAUAAAGCUUAUGUUUCCAACCCUGGUGCGAUGCAGUGAGACGCUCGUAAAAGCGAUUGGAAAAAGCAACCCUAUCGAGGCAAAGGAACUUUUAGGCUGUUUCACAACCGACGUUAUCGGCUCCUGUGCUUUCGGCGUAGAGUGUGACAGUUUUGCUAAUCCUGAUAGUGAAUUUCGACGGUAUGGGAAAAGCGUCUUCACAACAGUAAUAAAAGGACAGACGCUGGCGUCUGCGAUAGCAAUGGUAAACCCUGGCCUGGCCCAAUGGCUGAAUAUCAAGCUUAUACCAAAUCACAUCACACAGUUUUUCAUGAAAUUGGUACAUGACACCGUUUCCUAUCGAGAAACUAAUGCACUCAAUCGAAGAGAUUUUAUGCAAAUUUUGAUUGACUUGAAGAACAGUAAAAGUGACGAUGACCGCCUCUCGAUCGAAGAAAUGGCCGCGAACACCUUCGUAUUCUUCCUGGCUGGCUUCGAAACGUCAUCAACCACCAUGGCGUUCUGUCUAUACGAGUUGGCGAAAAAUCCGGCAAUUCAAGACACACUUCGGCAAGAGAUUUCGGCAAUUGUAGAAAAACACCAGGCGGUUACAUAUGAGGCGGUUACGGAAAUGAAGUACCUCUCCCAAGUACUCGACGAAACCUUACGUAAAUACCCACCUGCACCCUUAAUACCGCGCGUGUGCGUCGAGGAUUAUCAAAUACCAGGAAGUGACGCCACCAUCGGUAAGGGGACCAGAAUCUACAUUCCCGUCUUCGCGUUACACCACGAUCCCGAAUACUUCCCAAAUCCUGAAGAAUUCGUACCAGCGAGGUUCUCAGAUGAAAAUUCCAUCCAACGGCAUCCUUACGUUUACCUGCCGUUUGGUGAAGGACCACGAAUUUGCAUAGGUGCCCGUUUCGGACUAAUGCAAGCUAAGGUUGGAUUGAUCGCGCUUUUGAGGAAAUUUGCGUUUCGCCUGCAUGAAAAGACCGGAAGCUCCCUGCAGUUUGAUCCCACCAACCUAAUUCCCACCGCGAAGGACGGGAUUUGGCUAAACGCGCGUGAGUUGUAAAAAUUGGAAUGGAAAAAUUGGUGGUUGUCAACAAGCUGUAUUCGGAAUGAAUGGGUGGACAAUCGCUUCAAACUAAUGGUACAAGAGAUCUUCAAGUUACAGUAUGACAACUUAGACUAAUUAGUAAAUAAAAAUACUAUAGUGAGCAAAUUCUUUGAUGCACCAAUUACAUAUCUAAUAUCAGUCAUAAAGAAAUAAUAUUAUAGCAUGCUACGGGGGUUCCUUCUGAUCUUG